UUAUGUUUGGGAUAUGUUUGUAUGAUGUUUGGGAUAUGUCUGGGAUAUGCUCGAGUUAUGCUUGGGAUAUGUUUUUAUUAUGUCUGGGACGUGUUUGCUAUAUGUCUGGGAUAUGUCUGGGAUAUGCUCGAGUUAUGCUUGGGAUAU